AUACAUCCCCCUCUUCUUUUAAUGUCCCCGCACCAAGAAAUACGUAAGAAAAGAACAGAACCACCAAAUAACAUAACAAAAUCGAUUAGCCUCCUUCUCUCUUUUUAUUAUUUUUAUUUUUAUUUUUAUUUUUAUUUUUAUUUUUUUUAUAAUUAUAAUUCUUUUCUUCUUUAUCAAAAGCGAAAUUAAUUAGGUGAAAGAUUAAUUAUAAUGAAUUAAUUUUGUGUUAUAAAUCGGUGAAAUAGAAGUGAAUUUUUGUUGUUGUCGUUGUUGCUGCUGCUGCUGCUGCUGUUGUUGCGUGAGGAUGGGGAAAAAGAGAAAAUCUAUUGCGACGAGCCUUGACGAGGUGGAUCGGACUAUGUACGCGUCGUUCUGUAGCGCUGCUAAUUCUCUUUCUCAGCUUUAUACCCAGUCUAUGAAUCACCAGAAACUGUCUUUUCAAGCCGGUGAACGUCACGGCCUUGAAAAACUUUAUCAGUGGAUUUGGAGACAACAAGAGGGAGGAUCAAGAGUGACAACUGUUGAUAUAAUCAAUUACAUUCAGAAUGAGUUGGACUAUAGUGGAGAAGAACCACCAGCAUCCCCCAGAGCGCCACAACAACAUCAGAGUUCUCAACCAAUUCAAUUCACAAAUUCCAGCUUCCUCUCGUCAGGCUCGUCUGGUCCAAUAACUGCUGGCCAGGGUGCUCGGUCUGAGCAUUGUGAUCAGCAAUCCAAGAAUUCAGUUUUCUCAAAUGCUUUGUCAAGCCCCAUCAGAAGGAGUCUUCAGAACUAUCACAUUGCACAGGGGGGCUAUUAUCCAACUGGUGGUCCACCAUCAGGGAAUGGACCCCGCAGUAAUGAAGCCAACUUUACUCAGCAUCCGAACAGGGAUCCUAAUCCUGUAAGUUCCAAUGAUUCUUCAAUGGACAUCUAAUAUAGCAGGUUUUAGAAGGUUUGUGGCAUGUGAUGGUUAUAAGGACUGGAGGGCUGUUGCAGUUGCAGUUGCAUUAUCUUGCCAUUUUGGCACGUGGAUGUUUACUUCGUACAAGAAUAAUGGCAUGAUGCUGUUGACUUGGUGAAGUUGUGUGGAGAAUAGCUAAUCGUGUCAGUUCUUUUGGGGCAAAAUGGCACAUGAUGAGCACCAUAACCUAUUAGUCUUGUCUUUUAUUGUCUUUUGAAUGCUUAAGUUGCGACUAUGAUGUCAUGUAAAGCUUUUCGUCAAAUUGACAUUGCUACUUAUGAAAUGGUAAUACUUGUUGCAAUUUAUCUUUUA